GAACCAAAAAGCAGCACCCUGAAUUUCUCAUCGUUUAAAUCAAGCUUCACUUCCAAUGUUAAUUUCCUGAAGAGAAGAUUUAGCUCGGGAGACUUGUCUUCCGAGGUCGAUGAUGUUGAUCCCAAUAGCUUGCCGUCAGCUGCGCGUCCUAUACAGGACCAGCCAACGAAGCCGAAUGCAGCAGGCGGACCACCGAGCAUGCCGCCUCCACCGGCACCAGGACAAGUGCCGCCGCAGCCCGCUGGCGCUGCUCCGGAGUUGUCCCUAAGCUUUGGCGCUGGAAAGGCACCGACUGCAGCGGCUCCAGCGCCACCACGUGGCGUUAGUGCUCCAACGAGCCCAGCCAAGUCGCGAGAGAGUCUCUUGCAACGUGUGCAAAGCUUAACGGGCGCAGCAAGAGACCAGGGUGCUUCCAUAUUGGGAGCUGCAGUUCAGAGUGCCACCCAACGUGCUCCUACCUUUAACAAGGAUAGAUACUUUACGUUAUUGGUGUUGGAUGAUCAGAAUACGGACUGGCCAAAAUACUUCCGUGGCCGGCGACUCCAUGGUGAUUUUGACAUACGCGUGGAGCAGGCGGAGUUCAGAGACAUUACUGUAGUCUCGAGCGCAGAUACCGGACCUGUCGUCACAAUGGCCGCAUAUCGCAGUGGCACCCGGGUAGCCCGUUCGUUCCGACCGGACUUUGUAUUGAUCCGGCAACCGCCGCGUGACGGUUCCAGUGAUUAUCGAUCGACCAUACUGGGCCUUAAAUAUGGCGGAGUACCCAGCAUCAAUUCGUUGCAUUCUAUUUACCAGUUUCAGGAUAAACCAUGGGUCUUCUCGCAUCUGCUGCAGCUGCAGCGGCGUCUGGGCCGAGAUGGCUUUCCGUUGAUUGAGCAAACAUUCUUUCCGAAUCCACGUGAUUUGUUCCAAUUUACCAAGUUUCCAAGUGUUCUGAAGGCUGGCCAUUGCCAUGGCGGUGUGGCCACAGCCCGAUUGGAGAGCCAGAGCGCUUUACAAGAUGCUGCUGGACUUGUUAGCGGUGCUGGCAAUGAUUCGCAUUGUUAUUGCACCAUUGAGCCCUACAUUGAUGCCAAGUUUAGUGUACACAUUCAAAAGAUUGGCAACAACUACAAGGCAUUUAUGCGCAAAUCGAUCACUGGCAAUUGGAAAACCAAUCAGGGCUCGGCCAUGCUCGAGCAAAUCACUUUAACCGAGAAGUACAAAACCUGGGUUGAUGAGAUAUCCGAGCUCUUCGGAGGAAUGGAGGUGUGCGGCCUUUCAGUGGUUGUGGCCAAAGAUGGUCGCGAGUACAUCAUCAGUGCUUGCGACAGCACCUUUGCUCUGAUUGGAGACAGUCAGGAGGACGAUCGUAGACAAAUAGCUGACUUGGUAUCAGGACGCAUGCAGAACGUAUGUCGGCCAAAUAUGGCACAGACGGGUCCCGGCAAGCUGCCAUCACGUUCCUCGGUUUCUUCUCGUGCCGAGAGUCCCACUGAUGAUCUGGCCUCAACACCACCGCUGCCUGCAGGACCAAGGCCAGCGCCGAUGGGUGGACCACCGCCAAUACCGGAGCGAACCUCGCCGGCGGUUGGCUCAAUCGGACGUCUGAGCAGCCGCAGCAGCAUCUCAGAGCUACCGGAGGAGCCUUCCUCGUCAGUGCCCAGUACUGUGGGAGGAGGCGUGCGUCGUGACUCGCAAACAUCGCAGGCAUCGAGCAUCUCAUCGGUGUCCAGGACCGGACAACGUCCUCCGCAAUCUCAGAGCUCAGUUGUUGAAGAUGCGGAGGACACCAUGAAGAACUUGAGGAAGACAUUUGCGGGGAUCUUUGGUGACAUGUAGGAAAUCGCUAAUAAGAAACGCGGCAGAACGGCGAGCGAGACGAGCAACAGCAGCGGCUUAGGCAGUGUGCCCAGUAGUGCUGGACCUGCCACUGGUGCCAGUGGCACCAGCAGCGGAGCCAGUGGCGGCUUCAGCGGCUCAUUUCUGGGCAAGCAAUUCUCGUUCGCCUCGGGCGGCAAAUCCAAUGGCGCGGCAACGGAAGUGAUAUCUUCACAGCCAAGCCGACCCUUGGAGGAGCCUGCGGCCAGCUCAGCCGCUUUGCCCAACGCCAGCGUUUUGGAUAGCGCCAACACAAAUACGGAUAAUAUAACAACUGGCGUCUACAAGCCGGUGACCAAUUUUGAGCCCCAAGAGCGUGUCAACCCCUUCGAUAAGGAGCCCCACAAGUCGGUCAGUGCCACUAGCAUGGGUGCUGUUUCGAAUGCAUCGUCGUCGUCGUCGUCGAUGUCAUCGUCUUCGAUAUCGUCGCGCAUCAAUCGCAAUGGCAACAACUCAGUAAAAUCACCGCCACCACCGGCUGGACCACCACCACCGCCGCCCUCGAAUGCCAAUGUCACCACAAAACCAAACACAAACAACUCAAAUGCAAGUGCAAGUGCAAGUGCGACAGCGUAUCGAGGCAGCUUUAGUAGCUCGCUGAGCAAGGACAAGACCAGUUACGGCAACUACGACAGCAGCAGCUCAAUUGAGACCAUCACACGCAUGGAUACCAAUACCACAAACACAGCGGCAACAGCCACCGGAGCAGGGGAGGCCAGCGGCAUUACAGCGAUCACCACCGACGCCGUUGGCGGCGCCGCCAUUACAAGUUCAACCGGCAUUACAGCGAUCACCACCGACGCCGUUGGCGGCGCCGCCAUUACAAGUUCAACGUCGACUAACGAUUGGCGAUCGGCGAUUGGCAUGAGAUCGGCGAGCGUUUAUAGCGCGCCCGCUGCUGUGACCACAGCUGCUCUGCCGGGCGACACCUCCGGCUACGAUUCGAAUUCGUUGGCAUCUCAGGCCGGCUACAACAAUCCCAGUGAUUUGCCCUCAUACACCCGGCCCUCUUACUCCCGCUCCGAGAGCAACGCUUCCAAGCAGUCCGACUUGGACAUCAUAUUCGGUGAAAAUAAGUCAUCGUCUUCGAUAACGGCCUCGUCCUCAGGCAACGGAAAAUAUACCCGAGCCGGUGGCUCAAUCUCCGAUGCGGACAUGAUCUUUGGGGGUCCACCCUCGAAUUACAAGAGCGAUCGCUUUGGGGCUGCCAAGAGCAUGAGCAUGAGCUCAAGCGGCGUUGGUGCCUCAUCCAACUCCUAUAAGAUAUACGAGGGCAUACAGAAUGCAGCAUUUAGCGACUACAGCGACUCAGGUAGCAUUGCGAGCACCAACUCCGGCAGCAAACGAUGGAACAGCAAGCCCGACGAUGAUGAUGAAUUGGAUUUGAAAUAAGUUCAAUUUGACACCCACACACACACACACACACACUCAUAGAAAUAAUCAUUCUACACUCGAACUAUGGAAAAUCUGUCUUGUUUCUGCCUCCGAAGUUUCCUGGUUUCAUAAGAAUCCAAAUCAUACCAUACACUCACAUGCACCAAAACGCAUACACAGGAAAGUAUGCACACAUACAUACACAUGCAUUCGAACUUCACCGCAUCUGUAUCAAGUUCUUCAUUGAGUUACUAUUAUUUUCACUUUCAAUGCUGAUAUACAAUAUUUCUUGUUAUUAAUCAAUAUUACAUAUAAGUAUGAAUAUGCAGUUACUUAUCAUUUGCUAUACAAUGAAUACAAGAAAAACUUACAACAUACUAAAAAUAUAUUGAAAUGAAAACUCUACACUACAUAAAUGAUGUAUAAGUAUAACCACCAAAGCAAAAACAAUAACAAUGAUAAUAAUGACGAAAACAUAUAUGAAUCCCUCAAGAAUGCGGGACUUCGAUGAUGAUUUGACUGGUUUUGCAGCACGAUAAUGAGAGGAUAUUAGAGAUACUUGAAAACGUUUUCAAACCUUUUCUAUUUGAAGCGAACAAUACCUUACAUAUAUAUUAUUGAGGCAAAUAUCGUUCAGGCAAAUGAACGAAAGAAAUAUUAAAUUAUUAAAACCUUAAUGGUAAUUUAAAUGUUGCUAAAUAAGAACACAUAUUCCCAAGCGUAUAUUAUAUGUUAACUUGCUAUUAAAAACCUAUUUCGAAUAACAUUUACGGAUUAACUUGUUGCAAAUGAAUUGGCAAAAAUACGAGAUAUGAAUCUUAAAUACUUAUAAAACUACUAAAGGGCACAUAUGAAUUUCGUGAAAUUCGUGUGCUUUAAUAAAAGACAAUAUGUGUGAAGUAUAAAAAUAUAGAUGGGAUAACAAUGCAAAUACACUCAAUGUUUAUAAAGCAAAUAAUGGUUAUUGAAAUUCAUAUAUGUUAACUAUCAGCAAAUGUUACAUGCAAAGGCAUAAAGUCAAAGCAGAAGCUAAUUACACAAGUUUAAUGUUUAUUAUACGCCCACAAAUAUUAUUAUUAUUGUAUUUAGGUACGUAUUAGUAGUUAAUGCUUAAACCCACAGACCUACACAUAAACUUACAUACAUAUAUGUAGGUGUAUAUGGAAAAUGUCAAUACAGAGAGACUACUUACUACCGACCUAGACAUUACCCCCACUUCGAGUGAAGCAAUGUUAUAUUAAGUUUUAUGAACAGAAGGCGAACAAAGAAAUCACAAUUAUAAUGAUUCCAUUUUGUGUGCAACUAUGUGCAUUCAUAUAUUAUAAUGUACUACAAAUAUAUGGGGGUUUAGGAACCAAGCACAUUUUCAACAUUGCAUAUACGCAUACAGCUGAAGUAAAGUACUCACUCAUGGAUGUUGAGAGCAACAACGAAGAUACUAUAGACACUCGUUUUGGAGAAGCUUAUUAAAGUAUUAACACAAAUGAUUAUUUUUAGCAAUACAUGUGUUAUUUAUUUUGUCACGCACAUGUUUUAGCAUUAUUUUUAACAAUAGUUAAAUAUUUACAAGUAGACAAUUUUUGUUGUUACAUGUCGAGAAUAUAGUUGAAUCAUCUUUUGAUUGGGUUGUAAGUACUACAACAACUUUUAAAGUGUAUUUUAAAAGAUAUAUAUUAUUUAGUUAAAAAUAUACAACUCGUGCAAUAGAGAUAUUUUAAUCAAUAAAUUGUAAGCGUUUUCAAAUAUACAUAUGCAAUGCUCGAUAACUUUCUAUUCAUAUUUUCUAAUACUUUCAACUUUAGUAGUGUUUUAAUCUGUCUAUCAAUUUUCGGAAUUUCUACUAAUUGAAUAAACAUAAAAAUAUUACAAAAAACAUGAUUUAUUCAGAUUGUUAUGAACUAGACCUAAAGACCUAUCAAACAUAUUACUUACUCAUAUACACUUUUUGAAUACUCAUCUUUGGCUACAUGUACUCAUUGUAACCCCAAGACAUUAUCAUUUAAAUCGUACAUAUGAAACUGUUUUGAAAACAAUAAUUUAUAUUGAAGUUCGUCGAAGAAGAAGAAAAAGAAGAAUAUAUAUGUUACACAUAGUACACAUCCAUAUAUAACAAUUUAUGGACGAGCACGCAUACACAUCCACAUAUACUCAUUACGUAUCUUGCCCAUCUUCGGAAUUUAACCGUUCUGAAUAAUGAAGUACACAAUGCUGAAACAGAAAACCAACAAAAAAUACUCUAAACAAAAACAAGCAUAAGAUACAUUACAAAACAAAACAACAUCAAUGCAAUAUCAAACAAAAAUUAACCAAAUCAAUACUCGUAUUAAUGUGAAAGGCGAAGCAAAAACAAAAACAAAAA